ACUAAAUACGUAUACGCCGCGGCUUGAAUACCUUGGUGUGCGUUUGUGUCGAGGAGUUUGGGCCCCAGGGGGGAUUUCUUAGGUAGCUGAGCGAACAGACCAGCGCUUGCCACGAUGUUGAAGCUCUUUUCCGUCAAGGACAAACAAAAGCAGCAGCAGGAGGCCGCUGCAAAUGUGGGCAAGCCCGGGAAGCUCUCAGCUGGAGAGCUGCGCAUUCAGAAAGACAUGGCAGAGCUGAACCUGCCUUCCAACAUCACGAUCAGUUUCCCUGAUGGAAAGGAUAAGCUAAUGCACUUCUUCAUCGCCAUCCGGCCAGACGAGGGGAUAUACAGGGGCGGCAAGUUUAACUUCGAGUUCACCGUCCCACCGGGGUACCCGCACGACGCACCCAAGGUGCUGUGCGCCACCAAGGUGUACCACCCCAACAUUGACCUGGAAGGCAAGAUCUGUCUCAACAUCCUGCGCGAGGACUGGAAGCCCGUGCUGUCCAUCAGCUCCGUCAUCUACGGACUGCAGUUUCUGUUCCUGGACCCAAACCCGGACGACCCGCUCAACAAGGAGGCGGCGCAGAUGUUCGUGGACCAGCCGCGGCAGUUCGAGCAGUACGUGCAGCGGGCCAUCCAGUACGGCACCUACAUCAACAACGUGCACUUCCCGGCGUGCUCGGCAUCGUGCUAACAAGCCCGCGCGCCGUGGCGCCGCGACAGCGGCAGCCCGCAGGGCGGCAGCCCGCAGGGCGGCAGCCCGCAGGGCGGCAGCCCGCUGGGCGGCAGCCCGCAGGCGAGCCCGCUGGGAUCGGGCGUGGAGGAAGCCCAGGACUGGGCGUGGAGGAAGCGCAGGGAUGGGGUGUGGAGGAAGCGCAGGGCGGGCGGCCGCCGCUGCCCGGCGCUUUUCAGUGAGGCGGCCUGGGCCGUGACCAUGGCAUGGGGCCGCAGGCGGUGCGGGAAGACAGGAGCGCAGCGCAAGCAGCUGCUGCAGCGGGCGGCGGCAGCCGACGGCUGUAGCACCAGCCGGCGGCGUCUGGCGCUGCAGGCGGUGACCGCAGUCAGCGCGCCUGUGGAGGUGAUGUGGGCACCGGGACCACAACUUGGUGGGCUCACGGAGCAGCUCCGGGAAUCAGCGUGUGCCGAUGCCGCGGAGUGCGCCGCGGUGUGGCUGGUGCAGCGCAAGGCGGUACAGCGCGGCGGCGCGGAGUCGCGUCAGCGCGUGUAUGGCGUGGCAGGAGGUCCAGCGCACGCAAUGACAAAGGGCGCUGCCGGGGGGGGGGCGGGGGGGAAUGCCAGCAGCAGCGGCGGUGAGGGCACAGCAUAUGGUGCCGAUGGCUGUGGCGGUGGGUGUGGUGGGCCCCGUCCGGGUGCCCUGCGGGGUCAGGCGCCCGCGCCCCGGUGCAGGGCACAGCCGCAGCGGCUGCGGAGACGACACGGCGGGGCUGCGAUGGCGUUGUGCUGCGUGGCCAGGGCCUGAUCGAUCUGGGCUUUGUGUGCAAUUCAUGGGCAACGGCCAGAGUACCGGUAUAGGUCCGGACGCAAUGCAGCCAGACCUGGCUUUGCCGGGGUGUGGGGCCGGCAACACUCGGUGGACGCCGGGAUGCAGCUCGUGGCGGCAGCUGGCAGAUGUCGUGCGGACGUGAGCGAGAGCGUUCAGGAGAGUUGUUAGGAGUGAAAGGGCGGUGGUUGCAGGCGUGGGUUAAGGCCCCGAGUGGUUGAUGUGCAGGAUGGCCGACGGGGGCUGGAGACACACGGCCGGCACGUUGAACACGCGUCGGUUUUGGUGUGCGUGCGUUUGAGGCGCGGGCCGCCACCAUAGUGCCUGUCGUCUGGCCAACCCGACCAUCCCGGACGCCUGCUCUGAAGACAUAUGACGCCUCGUGUGGCACAUUUGGGCGAUGCAGUACAAGACAUGGUGACGUGCGCGGAGGGAUAGUAAUAGGCGUGAGGUUUGGCAGGAGGCGGAGCAGGAUGCUGCGGCCUGGCCGUGUAAAGCCGAUGCACU